CUAUCGAUAUAUCGAAUGGUGGUUAUUUUUUGCUACUAUCGAUGUUUUAUUUUCACUACCGAUGGUAUCGAACAGAAUUUUAUCUCUGUCCCAUCACUACUUCUGACAAAGGACGCGCUAAUCGGUGGAAAAUUUGGACACAUUGCAAUUAGUGUUGGCGGUUCUAUGGAUAAUUACCUGAGAAUUUCCAAUAACAAAGAUGCCAGAAUGUUCUGGACAUCAGCAGUGACCCGGAAGAGGGAAGUCCCUGUACGAACAGUUCAAGAGUUGGAAAAUCGAAGGUAUGGAGAUAUUUUGAAAAAGCAAAACGAGGUAAAACUGCCGCUAUUGUGACAAAAUUUACAAGACGAGUGGCAAUACGUCUAACAUGUUUGACCAUCUAAAGCGAUCGCACCCUUCAUUAAAAGAAUUGUCAAAGCCAUCGGGAACAAUAACUUCCUAAUUGGAUAAAUCGAAGGUGUAUGAAGUAUCAUCACAACGAAAAAAGACCUUGACAGUGCUUUGGUGAAAUUUAUUGCGUCAGAUGUGCGACUAUUUGCAAUAGUAGAAGACAAAGGAUUUCGCGAAUUUGUGAAGGAACUCAAUCCUCGUUACGAAUUACCAUCUCGAACGACCCUUCAAAAUGUGUUUAUGGCGAACAUUUUGAACAAGAUAACGGCAAUCGUCACCGACCAUGCUAAGUCAAUGCUGAAAGCGUGCGAACUGUUACAAAAACGGAACCUUCCAUGUUUUGCUCACUCGCUAAAUUUAGUUGUGCAAGAAAGUUUAAUGCUAGACAACAUUCAACUCAUUCUAUUGAAAUGCAAACGCAUUGUGUCGUAUU